GAGAGAAUGAGCCAACUGUUUGCACAAACACUGGAAGAGAAACUUUAGAUAUCCAUUGAAAACUCGAAGAGCCUUAACGCGUAAGACAGAGAAUCGUUGAAUGGAUUUAAAUCUAUACGAUAAAUAGAAUUUUGGCGCCAAUCUGAAUUUAUUCCGUCUUCGAAAUAGCAAGUUAUGGUAGUAGCCAAGUCUGAACAAGACACUGAUAAUAGUGAAGAGAAGGGAAUCGAACAUAAUCUAUUUAUUCUACAGAAUGCUUUGUCAACGGAAAACUGGGAACUUUUCCAUCAACUGUUUCUUCAAAGUUCUAGUUUUCUAACUGCUCUACAGGAGUCUAUGCUUUCACAGGAAUUUCCUGACGAAUAUUUUGGCAUAACGAAGAAACUUUUUUCCUCAUUAUCUAAUAGUCUAAGUUUAAAUUCUGAACGCGGAGAAUUAAUAGUGUUCCAGUUACAUCUUGCUCUUAUUUUCUUGAAACUUGAAUUCCACCAGCCAAAGUGGUAUUCUCUGAGAAAACAGUUAGAGUUCACCUUUUCUAGUGUCACUGAUGCUUUGCUUAGUAAUUCAGCCGCAAUCAAACGUAUUCUGGCACUUGGAAACGUUUUGCAAAGUCAGAAGCAGUGUGAAUUUUGUGAAUCUGUUGCUUGUAUUUCUCGAGUUUACCAUCUUGUGCAUAUUUUGCUAACUCAAAUCCUUGAUCUUUUGAACGAAGUUGUAUCUUCAGGAUUCGCGCAACCACCAAUUUAUCAAAAGCUAUUAACAUUUGCUUACUUUGGAUUGGACACCAAGAUGCAAUCCAUUGCUUCUAGUUCUCGAGCUCUUAUUACAAUUCUUUUUGAAGUUUUACCUUUAUCUCAGAGUGAGAUUAUGUGGAGAACAGUAUAUUCCUUUUUUGAGACUGUAGAGCUGCUACAAUUUGGGCAACAGAAUAAACCUCAAUUGGCUUCGGUACAUGUCAGAGAAGAGAUUACGAAUGUAUUGCGCCUCCUGAAUACGAGUGGAUGUUAUGCAUGUAAUCUGCAGAAAGGAAACCAAAUCUACGAAGCACGACGAGGAUGUUGCCUCCAAAAGGCUAAACCAAUAAUUCCCAAGGAAACAGCAGAGGAUGUUUUCUAUACAGAGUUUGCAUCUAAAUGCGAUAUUUUAGUCGCAUAUGUCCAAGAAGUUAUGAAGAAAACACACUCUUUUUCAAAGAAGAGAGCCAUUCUAAGCUUUGUUGAUUCUAUUUUGACGGUUUUUCCUGAUUUGUUAUUUCCUAGCGCAUUCUUUGUAGUUGCAUCUCUCUUUCAAUUGUGUCUGGAGGGGCUAAAGACUUGUAACGAUAACUCUCAAAUGCGACUUAUCGCUAUUGAAAUACUUACGAAGAUAUCUGUUCGUUUGCUAGAAGUACAAAUGGAACAUAGAGAGUGUAAAAUAUGUGCAAUGAUCACAGAACACGAUCAAACCUUUGUGUUGUUUGAUUCAAAUACAUUUCAUUUGGAACAACUUGCUCCACAUUCGUUAGGUUGUUGGGUUACAGUAUUAAGUCGUAUUUCAAAGAAGGUAAAUAUUAUCUUCGAAGAAACAAAGAAACAUCAAGGCGUGAAUCUUUCGAAAGCAGUUCAACUCUCCUUAAAUGAAGUUGUCCAAUGCUCAGCGGCAUCAUGUUCUUUAACAAAAACAGGACCACUUCAGACUGUCGAAGCGCUCUUUUCUGCAUUUUCUGUAGCUAGUCAACAGGAAAGACAAAAGUUGAUUCAAAGCAUCAAGCUGUUGUUAAGAGCAGACCCGAAAUUCUUUGUUGAAUUGGGUUGGGUGGAAAAUGCUUUAAUUCUUUUAUCGCGUAAUCCUUCUGCUUCAGUUCGUGCAGUAUCUGUCGAACUUGGCUUGCAGUUCACCAGUGUUAAUGUGCAUCAACUUUCACAGAGAAAGUCGGAUUUCUCCACAUCUUUAGCCUCUUGGACGGAUGUUGUUGUCGAACGCUUGCGUGACAGCAGCCCUUCCGUGAGAAAGGUCGCAGUAUGUUUUGCAAAAGUGUUGCUGAUCUUCUAUACAACAACGAGUGCUUCUUCCAGCACCAUUGUGCCGAGGAAAAAGAUACUGAGGCACGUUAUCAGUCGCCUUGAAGAUGAAGAAGAAGCAGUCAAGGAGAUUUGCAUGGACUGUCUGGAAGAAUAUCUUCAGUAUGCCCAAAGAAAGUUAUCUGUUCAAGUUGGAUCUUCAUAUGAGCUUGUGCAGUUCUAUCAUGAAAUAUUUGAAUUACAGAGCGCUUUGAAGUCAAUUUGUUCUAGGAAAGCUUUUUUUGAUGUUGCUUCCGAAGUCAAUGUUGCUGGCGUAGACUUACUGGAGAACCUUGUUAAGUGCGCUAUGAGUAUUGUUGCAAAAACAUUUCAGAAUGUAUAUCAGAAUAUCGAGCGUUCCAGUGCUCAGGUUGAUGAACAUUAUCAUUUAGCCACUCUUUUUUUAGAAACAGCUUGCGAGUGGGAUCCAGAGUAUUUGGCGCCAUAUGAACGCUACCUUUUGUCCUGUCUCGAGUUUUGUUUGAAUUCAAGAGAUAUCGGAGUUCAUGUCGUUUCCAAUAUUAUCUGCUUGCUGAGUUCAUUAUAUGAAUCAGCACCAGCAGGUCUUGAGGGAGCAAGGAAAUUCUUUUGUUACGUAGAACAAAUUCUCACUUGCAACCUCUGUCCUGUUCUUGGAAAUGCAGUUAUGAAGAGUCUUCGCAAACUAUGUAGAAUUCCGACCUUUCAGAUGGAAGUUGAAGAGUUGUUACACGAGCUCUUAGCUGUUGCAAAAAGACAGACAUUUGAUUGGCAGGCUAUACCUAUCACAUCUAACGCUCAGGAAAACACUUGGAAAGUCGUUUCUACCAUUUUUGUCCGAAUCGCAUCGCUAAGUGCUUAUGCCACAUCGAAGAGUAUUCAUGAGUCUAUAAGAACAGCAUUAUUUUGGUUUUUUGACAAAAUUUUUGAUUUUUUGAAAUGUCGUCUCCAGAGUGACAUUUCUUUUGAUGAAACUUGGUUUUCUACGGCGAUGGAGGCCGCUCUUAUUUAUUCAAAGUUUGACUGUUCUUAUAUGUCUUCUCUCAUAGAGUCUAUUACUUUGAUACUGCAAUCCAGUAUCGUUGCGGAAAAUCAAAAACUAUCCUUGUUAUUCAACUUACAGAAUAUUCUCUCUGAAAGUAUAAAGGAUCUUCAAAGCAAUGCUAACGAAAGUCACAGUUAUAAUACAGGAGCCAGUGUGGAAUUUUUGAGAAAUGUGGAGCAUUCGUUUGUAGAUUCAGGUUCUGUCCUUGUACAGCAUCUUCUUAAAGUCUUUGAUCAUUUGGUCUUCUCUCGGAAUGCCACAAUUCGGAGACAUGUUUGCAGCAUCAUUUGCCAGUCUGUGUGGUCCGGUAUUGUGGUUCCCAUUGAAGUGCUUUCAUCCCUUUUUUGUUUCAUCUUUGAAGACGAUGGUCAACAUGAUGUUCGAGAACGGGUUUUCACCACCUUGAAAUUUAUCUCUCAGAGUCAACAAGAUAUGAUAGGUUCGAGGCUUAUGGAGGGCCUACACUACGCUUGGAAUUUUUGGAAAGUGACGAUGGAGUCAGAUUGGAACUGUCUUAUUGAGAAGGGCCCCGAUACUCGUCUUCGUUCGCGUUUUGCAGGGGUUUUUACGUUACUGUCUUCGACACAACUAUUUGCUUUCGUUCGUACACUUCUCGAUGAAAUUAUCUCAAACGAGGAAUGUUGGUUAUUUUGCGUAUUCUGUACAGUUCCUCUUUUGCUUUUGGAUCCAUCCUGUAUUCUAUCGUUCAAGAGUCAAAGGAGGAAAUCAUCAAAUGUACUAGAAGAAAUGAAACUAACGACAGAAAAAUGUAUGCAACUUGUUGCUACAAUGGGCGUUGAUUGGUUACAGGGUUACGAACCAACCGAGGGUUGCACAAAGCACUGUUCCAGUGCAAUUCGUCUUUACUUGGUUACUUUAGUCCACGAAAAAUUUCAACAUUUAAUACAAGCCUGGAACAGAGUUGAUGAUAAGGGUGAUGACGCUCUUAUGAUGAAACAUGGCAAAUAUUGGAAUGAGCUCAUAACACUUGAAAACCACACGUCACAUCAUCGUGUCCGUAAGCGUAUUUUUGAGUUGAUUGGAGAUGGCGACGAGGUUUUCAGUGAUGUCAGUACCAGCGUUGCAGUCAAAAAUUUUGAUAAAGAGAAAUAUCCUGUGUUUUCUCAGGAACGAAAAGACUCUUUCUUGAGUGCUGAAGCGACAUGAAAAGUCAAUUGAACAACCUGAUUCGUUUGUUCAUACUACGGUCACGAGCAACUCGACAUUUUUUGGGAAUAAAGCAUUUUGUAUUACU